ACCAACUUGUACAUGUACAUUGGUGGAGCAGCACUGGGGUCAAGGAAACAAGCAUGGCUGCCUUGUUCAGAGGAUCUUGGAAUUCGUUGCGACGGUGCAGUAAACAUGUCCACUUGUCACUCGAUUUCUCCAGGUCCAUGGCCUCCAAGACUCCAGUGGGCUUCAUUGGAUUAGGUAACAUGGGAACACCAAUGGCCAGAAAUCUGCUAAAGAAUGGCUAUCCAGUCAUUGCCACUGACAAUUUCCCUGAAUCCUGCAAAGAACUGCAGGACCACGGUGCUCAGAUUCUGGACUCCCCAGCAGAUGUAGCUGAUAAAGCAGACCGCAUUAUCACCAUGCUGCCCUCCAGUCCUAAUGUCAUUGAGGUCUACACAGGCCCCAACGGUAUCCUCAAGCGAGUGAAGAAGGGCACGUUGCUGAUUGACUCGAGUACCAUUGACCCUUCUGUGUCCAAAGAGAUGGCUGUAGCUGCAGAGAAGAUGGGAGCCGUGUUCAUGGAUGCCCCAGUGUCUGGAGGUGUUGGCGCGGCCAGUCUGGCGAAGCUGACCUUCAUGGUGGGCGGUGCGGAGGAAGAGUACAACGCCGCUCAGGAGCUGCUCACCUGUAUGGGAGCUAAUGUAGUGUACUGUGGCCAGGUUGGAGCUGGACAGGCAGCUAAAUUGUGUAAUAAUAUGCUGCUGGCCAUUGGAAUGAUCGGAACAGCAGAGACGAUGAACCUCGGAAUCAGGUUGGGCCUGGACCCCAAGCUGCUGGCCCAGAUCCUGAACAUGAGCUCCGGCCGCUGCUGGUCGAGCGCCAGCUACAAUCCCGUCCCCGGCGUCAUGGAGGGCGUACCCUCGGCCAACAACUACCAGGGAGGCUACGGCACCACGCUCAUGGCAAAGGACCUGGGGUUAGCCCAGUCGACGGCCACCAGCACGCGCACGUCGGUCCCUCUGGGUUCCCUGGCCCAUCAGAUCUACCGUAUCAUGUGCGCGCGCGGCUACGCCAAUAAGGACUUCUCCUCCGUGUUCCAGUUCCUCCGUGAGGAGGAGGGCCAGUAGACGCCCCCCCCCUCCUCCUCCCCCCCUCCCCCCCCCCCAACUUGUCACUACGAACUGUGACGCUUGCUGUUGUUUCCAUCAUUGUUAGGUUUCUUUAAAUGUGCAAUAUCAGUAUGCGCAGAAUUCUCCCUGUUUUGAAUUUUUUAAUUGGAGGUUGAUAACCACCGUGCUGUUAAGUCUGUGAAAGCCAUUUUUUGAUCAGGUCUUUUUUUUUGAAGAUGACCCGAAACUGACGAUGAAAAACCCGGUUCCGACGAUGUUGAUGACGCUGGUUUUUGUCAUGAUGGUGAUGUUCGUCGUGUGCUCUCAAGCCUUGUGUCAAGACAUCCCUGCCAAGUGUACAGUUCUCUCACCCCCCACACUCGUUUACAGUCUCCUGCAGCGUCCCCCCCCCACCCCGGAUCCCUGGACGAGACCCUCCCACCUCACCACUGAUGUCAACAAUUAAGGACCAAAACACAACUGUUCGUUCCUGUUUCACACAAACAUUCUCAUGUUACUUUUUUUUUUUUUAGUGGGAGUAGGUGAAAGAGUUCCAAUAGACCUCUACCCUUUCUGGAGGGGAGUAGGUGAGAGUUCCAAUAGGCCUCCCCCCUACUAUUGUUGGAUGCUCACAAUGAAAACAAUAAGUCGUUUUUAUCUCUGAACGACUGAAGCCAUUCAGGCCAGCAGGCUCUAGGCAUCCGUUGAGUGACGUACCUCAACCUAUAACUGUUUCUCUAAAGGAACUUCACUGUACCUCAUGGUACCGCUAUACCUCAAUACGAUAUCCUGUGUAGUGUUCUGUUCUGCUCUCUGGCCAUUCGCUUCUCUUCACCCCCCCUUCUCCACUUCUCGCUCUGCAUGCUUGUAUAUAUCUACACAGGCGCAUUAACCUUCAACCGCCAUUUUGUCGGUGUGCAUGUACAUAUGUAUAGUUUGUUGAUUUACUGUAAGAUUCUCAGCUUCAGUCAUUUGUAAACCAGUCUGGCUGUGAACUGGUUUUCACUAGAUAAGUUUUAUUGAAACAUCAUGCUGAACAACAUGGCACUUAUCCAUAUGGGCCUGGAAUAAAGUCAAAAUGUGACCAACA